AUGCUCCAACAGGCGGAGACCGCGCCGAAAACCACUGCUCUUUACCACCAGAAACCCAGAGCAAGGGACUGCUAUGUAACUACCAAGAGACCAAUGUGCAUUUACUACAAGCGACUCUAUUAUCUCCUCACUGAAUUCAAGGGAAACGCACGAGAAGGCCAUACAGAUACAGUCAGAAUCUACGCGUCAGGGCGUGCCAUCAAGAAUGCUCUUAUGGUAUUACAGGAUCUCUACAACAGUCUCGGCCAUCUAAUCGUCCCCGUUUGCUUGGAGCUGUCUGACAGGAAUGAUACAUUGAGGGUGUCUUCACUAUCCGCGGGUGCUAUCGAUUCCUCGUCCAUUUCAUAUCCUCUUUCGUUUCAUGUGACAUCGAACUUCAGUCACACGCCGUCGCCGAAGGUUGCGUCGCCCAAGGUUGCUGAGUACGAUGCCACACCCUACCAAGACAGUCGGCUGCAUAAUUCAGAUCAACCCACCACGACCGGCGGGGUGUCUUGCGCUUCGAUUGAGCGUCGAGUCAAGGACCGGUCCGUGGAUACAGGCCUGGUUACGAGGUUCUUCUCUGUGAGUAGUGCAGGCGGGCAAAAUGCGGAUCUGUCCAUACCAGCCCGUGACGCGUUGGACAACUACUCGAAUGCACUCGUCACGCGGCGCAACGCCUACAUGACUGCUCGAGACCAUCAGCUUUCGGUUUCCAGCGGCACCUUUACGCUACAUGGAGGCGAGAGCUUCUCGCUCUCGAGGAACGAGUCCGACAGUAUGUCCUUCGAAAUGAGCCUGGUGGAGAAACCGUUGAUGAUAUCCGAAUCUGACGACAUCGAUUCUUCGGAGUCAUUCCACCACAACUACCAGGACCGCUACGGCCCAGACUGCUCCGACCAAUCCGACCAAGACCACCGCUACGACCGAGAUGCACGCGAUGAAGGCCGCCGUUGCGACCAAGAUAAAGAUCGGGGCCACAACACGGCCGGUUACGACCGAGACCGGGGUCGGGGUUACGACCAAGACCGGGGUCGGGGUUACGACCAAGACCGGGAUCGGGGUUACGACCAAGACCGGGAUCGGGGUUACGACCAAGACCGGGGUCGGGGUUACGACCAAGACCGUUCCUACGGCCAAGGCCGCUCCGAACGAGAUGGCUCCGACCGGGAUGAUUCCGACGACGGUUUGGAACAAGACGGCUACCACCCGGGUCGGUACGCGUACCGGGAAGGGAGUUGCAGCAGCAGCAGCGGGGGUUGUGGCGCAGUCGAGGAAGGCAGUGGGUCGGAGCCGGGGUCGGCGGACGCGGAGCAAUCCCCGCGGCGUCCGGGUGCGUAUUGCACGUACUUGGAUUCGUUAAUUGAGAACAACGUGUUGACUUCGUUACCGACAACGGAGGCGACGUUGGCGGCGUUGGUGGAAGUGGCGCACGGGUCGACGCCGAUAAAUGGGCGUUGCCGCCGGAGUUCGCGUGCGCAGAUGCAGAGUCCGUUGUUGCGGAGCCCGUUGUUGCGCGAGUGGGCUGCUGGGGGUGACUCUGGCGCGGCGUCUGUGAAAGAGGCACCAGCGGCACGGGCCCGACGGAGGUUGCAGCAGGCGCGAAAGCGGCACCGUGUGAAGCGCGCAAAUCGACGCGGACGGGCGCAGCGGCCCUUGUUGGUAUCUGCACGGCGACGCCGUUCUUUCGAAAGCCGCUUAAGUCCGCCUAGUCCGCGUUCCGCCGACAGCGACAUCGACGAUCGGCCCUGGUCCGAGGAGCUGGACGUUUACGCUGCCGGUCAGUGCAUUGAGUGUCCCGCGCUCACCAGCUCCUCCUCUUCCGAUUGGUGUGGCACGCUCCGCUGGCGCACCAAGCAACACGGCAGCGACCCAGACGGCAGCGACCGAGAAGUUAGCGACCCAGGAUUCAGCCACCGAGAAGCUAGCGACCACCGAGGAGUCAGCCACCGAGGAGUCAUUGACCAGGGACCAACCGAAGACUGCAGAAUCGCCCGGACGCAACGCACCAAAAAGAGCCAACGCUCGCCUGCGAGAAGCGACCUGCACACGGCGGAGAAGAUUCGUCGACCUGCCAAAAAAUUGUGGAGGAAAUUCUUCAAUGUCUGUUCUUCCUCCGACAGUGUUCGUCUGCGCAACGGUAUCAUCGUCAAGACACUCGACUAG